ACGUUUGGAUCCAUUCAUUCUAUUUAAUUGGAAUCAUAAUAUAGGACUUACCGUAUCUGUGUGUGUGUGUGUGCUACCAUCAACCAAUAACAAUUAAUUCAUAACAAUUGAUUGAUUGACUAUAUUUCAUAUUAAUUCUACUAGUCAUUUAUACAAGUCUUGUCAUUUCUAUUUAUUCUCAUCACCAAUCAAUCAUAUAUAUCCAUUCAUCAUGUUUAAAUCAUCUAUACUUAGAAACAUUAACAGUUCAAUGACUCAAAAAAUCAUUGCUGGUUCAGUUGGUGUCACUGGUUUAACUGCUUCAUAUAUGUUAUACCAAGAUUCCUUAACUGCCAGUGCCAUGACUGCUGCUGAACAUGGUUUACAUCCUCCAGCUUAUGGUUGGUCUCAUAAUGGUAUGUUUGAAACUUUUGAUCAUGCUUCUAUUAGAAGAGGGUUCCAAGUUUAUAGAGAAGUUUGUGCUUCUUGUCAUUCAUUAGAAAGAAUUGCUUGGAGAAAUUUGGUUGCUGUUUCUCAUACUACUACUGAAGCUAAAGCUUUCUGUGAAGAAUUAGAAUAUGAUGAUGAACCUGAUGAUGAAGGUAAUCCAAGAAAGAGACCAGGUAAAUUGGCUGAUUAUAUUCCAAAUCCUUAUGAAAAUGAACAAGCUGCUAGAGCUGCCAAUCAAGGGGCUUUACCACCUGAUUUAUCUUUAAUUGUAAAAGCAAGACAUGGAGGUUGUGAUUAUAUCUUUUCUCUUUUAACUGGUUAUCCUGAAGAACCUCCAGCUGGUGUUGCUUUACCUCCUGGUGCUAAUUAUAAUCCAUAUUUCCCAGGUGGUUCGAUUGCUAUGGGUAGAGUUUUAUUCGAUGGUUUAGUUGAAUAUGAAGAUGGUACUCCUGCCACCACUUCUCAAAUGGCUAAAGAUGUUACUACUUUCUUAAAUUGGGCUGCUGAACCUGAACAUGAUGAUAGAAAGAAAUGGGGUUUAAAAGCUAUUAUUAUCGUCUCUUCAUUAUAUUUAGUUUCUAUCUGGGUUAAAAGAUUCAAAUGGCAACCAAUCAAGAAUAGAAAAUAUAGAUUUGAUCCACCAAAAAAGUAGAUUGAAUUCAUUAACUUAUAAAUAAAAUAAAGCCAAAUUGAAUAGAAUCCAAUACACUUUAUAAAACUUCAAAAAAACCAAAAAGAAAAAAAAAAAACAUAUUCAAACAAAUGCAUCUAGGUAGUCAUAUAUUUUUUCAUAUUUUAUACCUUUCCCAAUUUCUUGUUAAUUAACGUUUUAUUUUUAUAAAAAGAAUCAUUCUGAUCUGAUUAUCUAUAACACUCAGUUCAUUCUCACAAUCUCUCUCUUCAUCUCUCUUUGUUAAUAACUACUGUUAGUUCUUUAGUCUACUUUUUUUUUAUUCUACAUCUAUAUUAUAAUAACAAAUUAAAUUUUAACUAUUUAUAAUUACUAACAAUAAUCAAGCUUUUACUGUAAUAACAAUAUUCACCAAGGAAAAAGGCUUGACUUUUCCUUAUUGGUAUUCCUAGUUAAUGAUAGUGUACGUGAUCAACCAACCACACUAUAUAAAACAAAU